AUGGGAGACUCAGUGGACCGAGACGACCUCACUUCCCGCACGCUGCCAUUCAUGAAACUAUCAGAUGGCUCGGCAACAUCGAUGACCGCACCGCCAGCACCACUACCACACUACCUCAACACCGAGGGACGAGCAAUGGCUCGAUUCGCAGUCGAAGGCAACGUCGUGAUAACCGGCGGCGCCGGCACCCUCGCCCUCUCCACCGCGCGCGCCCUCCUCGAACACGGCGCCACCGGCCUCGCCCUCUGGGACCUCGAACCGACAAUCCGGUCCUCCCAACCGACCAUAACCAAACUCGCCACCGAAUUCCCCUCGGUGCGAAUCCUCUCCAUCGUCGUCGACGUCACCUCCGCCUCCGCCAUCGCCGAAGCCAUAACCGCCACCACGCAAGCCCUCGGCACAAUCGACCACGCCUUCUGCUUCGCCGGCAUCGUAGGCUGCUACCACGCCCUCGAGAUAACCGCCGCGCAAUGGCGCAAAGCGCUCGACGUCAACACGACGGGCUCCUUCCUCGUCGCGCAGGCCGUCGCGAAGCAGCUCAUCGCGCAGAAAACCCCGGGGUCCAUCACCUUCACGGCCUCCAUCUCCGGGCAUAGAGUCAAUUUCCCGCAACCCCAGGUCGCGUACAAUGUCUCCAAGGCCGCCAUCCUCGCCCUGAAGAACAGUCUCGCGGCCGAGUGGGCUGUGCAUGGGAUUCGUGUAAAUUCUAUUAGUCCGGGGUAUAUGGAUACGAUUCUGAAUGCCGGCGGUGGGAAUAUUGCGGAGGCGAGGCAGGUGUGGGCGGAUAGGAAUCCGAUGGGGAGGAUGGGUGCUGUGGGAGAACUGGAUGGGGUUUGCGUGUUGUUGGCGAGUCGGGCGGGGAGUUAUAUUAAUGGGGCGGAUUUGUUGGUUGAUGGUGGGGCGGUUGUGUUUUAA